AUGGCGACUGGAUCUCAGGUCAUACUAGAAAUAUCUCGUCACCGGGAUUGGCACUGGCACUCUCCGCUGGCACCCUCGUCUUCGCCUCCAUUGUCACUUCCGCUCGCCGCCGCCGCCGCCGCCGCCGCUACGUCUUUCAAAGCUAGCUACUGCGCCUUUCGACUCUUGCCAUGUGUUUCGCCAUCACCUCCACCAUGUCGCGGUCUCCAUCAUGACUCGAUCUCCACCAUAAGACACGUUUCUGUCAUGACCUCUUCUCUGUCAGAGGCCCGUCUCCAUCCCAGACUUAUUUCUGUCACAGCAUCUCUACCACAACCCGAUCUCCAACACAACCCCGUCUCCAACACAACCUCAUUUCCAAUACAACCCCAUCCCCAACACAACACCAUCCCCAACACAACCCCGUCUUCAACACAACCCCACAUCCACCACAACCCCAUCCCCAACACAACCCCGUCUCCAACACAACCUCAUUUCCAAUACAACCCCAUCCCCAACACAACACCAUCCCCAACACAACCCCGUCUCCAACACAACCUCAUUUCCAAUACAACCCAAUCCCCAACACAACCACAUCUCCACCACAAGCCCAUCCCCAACACAACCCCACCUCCACCACAACCCCACCUCCACCACAACCCCACCUGCACCACAACCCCACCCCCAAAACAACCCCAUCCUCACCACAUCCCCACCUCCACCACAACCUCGCCUCCACCACAUCUCCAGCCCGACCAAGACCGCGGCUUUCCUUCAUCUCGAUUUCUUCAAUUUCCCACCGAGUAUUCCCCGAGGGUUCGGAAGCUGAGUGCGAUCUUUAAGCUUGCCCGUGGUUAG